CAUAAUCAUAGAGAUAAUCAAUCAAACAAAGAUAGAUAUACAAUGGGAGAUAUACCUCAACUUCAUGACGCAAUAUUGGAUAAUGACUAUAAUAAGGUGAAGGCUAUGAUCGAGUCUGGCAAUCAUAAGAUUGAUGAAGGAGACUUUGGAGGCCUGCAACCAUUGCACUUUUGUGCUCGUAUGGGAAAUGUAAAGAUGGCAGAGUUGCUGUUGGGUGCUGGCGCAGACAUCAAUGCCGACAAUCACUACGGCUCAACUCCAAUGCACGAAGCGGUGCGUCGUGGCGAGGUCGAGAUGGUCAAGUUUCUGAUCGCGAGGAAGGCCGACCUGACACUUGGUGACAUUGACGAGAACACUCCACUACAUCUUGCUAUCAUGUGUGAGGAUGGUGAGCUCAUCCCUAUACUGAUGGAGGCUGGUGCACCAUUGGAUCUAAAGAACAAGGAUGACGACACUCCCGCACAAGUCACUCAAGAUAAAGAGAUCCUAGAAUACAUCGAGGACUUUGUAAAGAAGCAACAACAAGCUACA